CUCAUGGCGACGUAAACAGAAGCACACAUGCACGUGUUGGAUUGUUCUUUCCAUAGGCUCUUUCGCAUCCGGCUAAGUUUAACCACUUAUAACUCUUAGGGAUUUACAUCAAUUAAUAACUAAACAGACCACUAAAUAAUAAGAACAAUGUUGCGACGGCAGGCACGUUUGCGUCGAGAGUAUUUGUACAGAAAGGCCAAGGAAGAGAAGCAGAGGAGCAUCCAGGACAAAAAGGACAGGCUGAAAAGAAGUUUGGACAACAACUUGCCCAUUGCCACUGAUCUGAAGCGUGAUGCCAUCAGACUGCAGAAGAAAAUCGAGUGGGACGACAAGGGAGCACAAGUUGCCGCAGCUGUGGGUGAUGAGUCUGGUGGGGCUGCAGGCACCCACGAAGAUGAUGAAUACCGUUGGGCUGGUGUUGAGGAUCCCAAGGUCAUGAUCACAACCUCUAGGGAUCCUUCCUCUCGGCUGAAAAUGUUUGUCAAAGAGUUGCGACUAGUAAUCCCAAACUCGCAGAGAAUGAACAGAGGCAACUACGAAAUGAAGCAAUUGAUGCACGCCUGCCGAGCCAACAAUGUCACUGAUUUCAUCGUGGUCCACGAGCACAGGGGUGUUCCUGACGCACUCCUCGUGUGUCACCUCCCCUAUGGACCAACCGCUUAUUUCACUUUAAGUGAUGUGAUCAUGCGGCACGAUGUUCCAGAUAUUGGCACAAUGACGGAACAGUAUCCACACCUUGUAUUCCAUAAUUUCAAAAACAAACUCGGAACUAGAGUCACAAAUAUUCUCAAAUAUCUAUUUCCUGUACCAAAGGAAGAUAGCAAGAGAGUGAUUACUUUUGCCAACCAUGAUGAUUACAUUGCCUUCCGACACCACACUUACACAAGAGACAAGCAAAAUGUGGAGCUCAAAGAGAUUGGGCCUAGAUUCCAGUUGAGAUUGUAUGAAAUCAAAUUAUGCACCCUUGAAAACGAAGGUGCUGCGGACACUGAAUGGGCUCUGAGGCCAUACAUGAACACCGCUGCCAAGAGGCGGUUCCUCUCUGACGAGGAUGGGUGGCAACAAGAGGAUGAUUUUUGAGGAAAAUAAAUAUUUUAUCU